GCCCGCCGGCCCCCCAUGCACUCCUCCGCGGCGGCGGCCGCCGCCUUUCUCACCCCCGCCGUCGCGGCCUCCAACCGCCUAGUCCCGCUCCGGCGGGCGAGGCGCUUCGCCGUGCUCGCCGUCGCCUCCCCUCCCGCCUCCAAGUCCGCGUCCUCGCCCUCCAAGACUGGGAAGUGGCAGUGGACAUUUGAUGAUAAGCCAAUAAGCGUUUACUACGAAGAACAUGAGCAGGGGACUGCUGAGAAUGUGAAGAACAUCCUUAUGAUUCCUACGAUUUCUGAUGUUAGCACAGUGGAAGAAUGGAGAGUGGUUGCCAAAGAUAUUGUGACACGGAAAGGAGAACUCAGCUACCGUGCUACCAUUGUCGAUUGGCCUGGUCUGGGUUAUUCAGACAGGCCAUCACUGAACUACAAUGCUGACGUGAUGGAGAAUUUUCUGGUUCAGCUAAUUAACUCACCAAAUAGUCCUGUGGCAGAUGCAGAUGGAGAAUUGGUAGUAGUUGGAGGUGGUCAUGCAGCAACAAUAGCAGUCCGUGCAGCUGGGAAGGGCCUUAUCAAACCAUCUGCUGUUGCUGCUGUUGCACCUACUUGGGCUGGACCUCUUCCCAUUGUAUUUGGCCGAGGUUCUGAUAUGGAAACAAGGUAUGGGCUUCUACGAGGAACCCUCAGGGCCCCAGCUAUCGGCUGGAUGAUGUACAAUGUUCUGGUGAGCAACGAGAAGUCCAUCCAGUCUCAGUACAAGUCGCACGUCUACGCCAACCCUGAGAACGUGACGCCAUAUAUUAUCGAAAGCCGCUACGAGCUGACCAAAAGAAAAGGCGCACGAUUCGUCCCAGCCGCAUUCCUGACGGGUCUUCUUGAUCCUGUUCAAUCAAGGGAGGAGUUCCUGCAGCUGUUUGCCAAGUUGGAUGAAGAUUUCCCAGUUCUUGUAGUGUCGACACUGAAUUCUCCCAGGAGGUCGAAGGCCGAGAUGGAGGCUCUCAAGGGCGCCAAAGGCGUGACCAAAUUCGUGGAGGUUCCAGGCGCGCUGCUGCCACAGGAAGAGUAUCCCUUGGCAGUUGCAGAGGAACUCUACGACUUUCUGCAGGAAUCAUUCUCAUCAAGGAGAUAAACUGCGAGUGCGGAAGCUACACUGGGGUGAAGUCCAACCCUAUAGCCUUUUGCCAGUAAAUACAUCGAAAUUUUAGUAACAUCAACAGCAAAGAAGCACCACUACUUCCUGUGUUGUACCACAUAUGUACAGGCCUGGUUUUGACAGAGCAGAUGCCCAUACAGCUUCAGCUUGUGUAAAAAGCAUACUACCCUGAUCAAUAAUUGCAGUUCACUGUUAGGCGCA